AGCGGCAGUGCCAGUGUUUUGGGUACUGACAGCUAGCCUUUUCGUCCAUCUCAGAGGCACGUAUCUGUGCUUCUGGCUAAAUAAUCAAAAUGCCACUGUUUGAGGGUUUGGGCACUGGAGGGGAGAAGACUGCCGUCGUAAUAGAUUUGGGAGCAGCAUACACAAAAUGUGGUUUCGCUGGGGAGGCAGGUCCCAGGUUCAUCAUCCCCAGUGAGAUCCAGAGGCCGGGGCAGGAACAGCCCGUCAAGGUUGUGCAGUACAACAUCAACACAGAAGAACUAUACACCAUCCUGAAGGAGUUCAUUCACACACUCUACUUCAGGCAUCUACUGGUGAACCCGCGGGACAGGAGAGUGGUCAUCGUGGAGUCCAUACUCUGCCCAUCACACUUCAGGGAAACCCUCACUAAAGUCUUCUUCAAGCAGUUUGAGGUUCCCUCUGUGCUAUUCGCCCCCAGUCACCUGAUGGCCAUCAUGACGCUCGGCAUCAGCACCGCCCUCGUCAUGGACUGCGGAUACACAGAGACCCUCGUACUGCCUGUGUAUGAGGGCAUCCCCAUGUUGCCCACCUGGGAGGCUCUUCCUCUGGGAGGGAAGGCCAUACACAAGGAGCUUGACAGUCUGUUGAUGGAGCAGUGCACUGUAGACACAGACUCCAGCCCUGGACAGAGUCUACCCAGCGUCCUUGGGUCUUUGUCAGAAGAGGUUGUUGAGGACAUCAAAGUGCGUGCAUGCUUUGUGAGUGACCUGCUGAGGGGCCUGAAGAUCCAGCAGGCCAAAUUCAACCUGGAUGGCACCGCAGAGCGUCCGGCGCCUCCUCCUGAUGUGGACUACCCUCUAGACGGGGAGAAGAUCCUGCACGUCAAGGGCCCCAUCAGGGACUCUGUGAUGGAGAUGCUGUUUGAACAGGAUAAUGAAGAGAAGUCCAUGGCUACUCUCAUACUGGACUGCCUGGUUAAGUGUCCCAUAGACACGCGUAAAGCCCUCUCUGAGAACAUCGUGGUGAUUGGAGGCACGGCCAUGUUACCUGGUUUCCUGCAUCGGCUGCUGGCUGAGAUCCGCGUCCUGGUGGACAAACCCAAAUACCAGCAGGCCCUCGCCACGCGCUCCUACAAACUGCACAGCCCCCCAGCUAAACCCAACUGCACCGCAUGGCUCGGAGGUGCCAUCUUCGGCGCGCUACAGGACGUGCUGGGCAGCAGGUCGGUGUCCCGUGACUACUACAGCCAGACGGGCCGCAUCCCUGACUGGUGCUGCCUCAGCUCGCCGCCCCCAGAGGGCCUCUACGACGCCACCAAGCCCCCGCCGCCACUCAUGAAGAGAGCCUUCUCUACCGAGAAAUAAUACACCCACACACACACACACACACACACACACACACACACACACACACACACACCUGAUGAAGAGAGCCUUCUCUACCGAGAAAUAAUACACACACACACACACACACACACACACACACACACACACACACACACACACACACACACACACACACACCCGACCACACUCUCAUCAUAACCCCCCAUCCAUCACUAUAGUUCUCUACUCAUAGGGGUCCAUCAUGUAAUUACUGCUGUUCAUAACUACAUACAAGGGGCCAACUAACCCCCAGCCUUGUAAUACACACAUGCGUAUUUCUGUGUAGGUGGACAUGACAGUUACAUUAGCGUGCCUAUUGAUUUCCAGAUUGUAAUGUGAUGAUCUGAUAUCUUUUUCGUCUGGACUUUCUGUUGCCAUUCCCGUACGCUGCCACUAGGUGGGGACGAUGAGGCAAUGUGAACAGGCUGAGAAUCACAGAGAGGAGAGUGGUGUGUGUGUGCGCACAUGUGUGUUCGUUCUCAGCCAUAUUCUGCACAGUUGGAUAUAUUACAGCCACAUAGUACACUACAGAUCAGCACAGGACACAUGGACUCACAUACAUACAUACAUGCAUACAUACACGCAUACAUACUAUACAACACACAGAGUAGGAGCUUCCAUACGACACACACAGAGUAGGAGCAUUAAAAUCAGGACACACGGACUCCACACUCCACACAUACACACAGAGUAGGAGAUUCUUACAGCCAGGACACACGAGCUGCAUACGACACAUACCAUACGUCACAUGUAUAGAGUAGAAGCUUAUUAUGUUAAGUUCAUGGACUCAAUACUCCACACACACACACACAGAGUAGGAGCUUAUGACAGAGCUGCAUACUCCAUACGACACAUGAAUCAGAGCUCAUUAGCUAUUAUUAGCAGUUAUAACACCCCCACUCGGCUAAGCAGCGCCCCCUAUGGUUGAUAUGUCAGACCGGCAUUCGUUCACUUAGGCUUAAGCUUUUGCAUUUCGCUCGUCAUUUAUGUAUUUAUUUUUGUAAUGUUAUUAUUGUUUGAUGCUCGAAAGAAGUGUCUUGAAGGUGAGGCCACUCUACUGGACUGUACAUGCACUACAGUACAUUACUGUAUUGCAUUACGGUACAUUACUGUAGUCUAGUUAUUCUGCAUCGGAGUGUACUUUACUGUACUGUGGUGUACUGCAGAUGGAGAAGACAUCACUGUGCUGUACUGCACUGCACUGCACUGUACUGUACUGUGGCGUAAUAAACAUUCCCAGGAAGAACUUAA